UCCAUACAGACAAGAGGAAAGAGCAGUGAGAUCCGUCUGGAUAAAUACUGGCUUUCAGACAGCAGACGGAUCAGUGUGUACACAGGACAUUACCUCGGAUCUCAGGAAAACACCCUGACUCAGCCCUCACAACUACAGACACAAUGGCAGAUGCAAGCUUUCAGAGGGAGUUCCUGGAAACUCACAAUAAGUACAGGGCAAUGCAUGGCGCACCGCCACUGACGCUUAGCAGCGACCUGAACGAUUCAGCUCAGAAAUGGGCCGAUCACUUGCUGGCUCUCGGGCUCAUGAGCCACAGCGACACAAAGAAUGGAGAGAACAUCUACUCCAAGUUAAGCUCCGAUACCCUGACAGGAAAAGAAGCUGUAGAUUCUUGGUACAGUGAGGUCACAAACUACAAAUGGAGCAGUCCUGGGUUUGGCAGCCAAACUGGGCAUUUUACUCAGGUGGUGUGGAAAGACAGCACAAAACUGGGUGUUGGUUUAGCUUCUGCUGGAUCAAGGGCCUAUGUGGUCGCCCAGUAUUGGCCAGCUGGCAACAUGAACAUGCCGGGAUACUUCGAGAAAAACGUCCUCCAGAAAGGAAGUGGAGAGGGGAGGGGAGAAGGCAGCAGCUCCAGUGGGGGUUCUGACAAGAGCAAAGGGGAAAAAUGCACACUGCUAUAGACGACCUAGACCAUCCCUGCAGCCACGAACUCACCACCACUUAAUAUCCCAUGUUGUAAAUUAAAAUUAAAGCUUGUCUUACAAAAUUG